AUGAAUGCGCUUAUACUAGUCGGAGGUUACGGUACUCGAUUAAGACCACUAACCCUAACAACUCCAAAACCAUUAAUCAGCUUCUGCAAUAGACCUAUAUUAGAGCAUCAAAUAUUUAAUUUAGCGCGAUGCGGAAUUAGAGAAAUAAUAUUAGCCAUAGCUUAUAAACCAACACAUAUAACAGACUUCGUAAACGAUUUAGAAAAAAAAUACAACGUUAAAAUUAUUUACUCUAUUGAAGAGGAGCCUUUAGGGACAGGUGGACCAAUCAAAUUGGCCGAGAAGUUUUUAAGCAAAUAUGAAGACUUUUUUGUGUUCAACUCGGACAUUAUUUGUUCGUUUCCCUUGCUGGAAAUGAUGAACUUUCACAAGCAAAAUAAUUCUCCCUUAACCAUAUUGGUAAAGGAAGUCGAAGACCCUAGAGCAUUUGGAGUUGUAAUAACAGAAGAUAAAAGAAUUACUAAAUUUGAGGAAAAACCACAAGUUCCCCAAUCAAGUUUAAUAAACGCAGGAAUUUACAUACUGAACAAAGACAUUUUAAACCACAUUCCCGAGAGAAACACAUCUCUCGAAAAAGAAAUAUUUCCCAAACUAGCGAAAGAAAAUAUGCUAUAUUUUUACAAAUUAAAAAAAUUCUGGGCCGAUAUAGGAAAACCGUUAGAUUUUUUAAAAGGACAAGCUUUAUACUUAGAAGACUUGGAAGAAAAAAAAAAAGAAAAAAGAGGAGAGAAGAAAGAGGUUAGAGAGGCCGAUGUAAACGGAGCAGAAAAGAAAGGGGUUAGAGAGGCCGAUUCAAACGGAGGAGAAACAAACAAAGAAGAACAAACAUUAAGUGAUCACUUCAUAAUAUGCUAUGGAAUAAAUGAAAUAGAAAAUGAUACAAAAUGUGGAAAUAAGAAAAAUUUAUUCAUUACUUUUGAAAAUAUGGAAGAAUUAAACAAGUUUAACGAAAGAAAAAAACAUAUGUUUGAUGAAAUACUUGUGGACGCAAAACUAGAAGGAAAUGUAUUAAUUUCUUCCAAAACUGUUAUAAAAAAAAAUUGUGUAUUGGGUGACAAUGUUGUUCUAGGAGAAAACGUAAUUAUUGGAGAAGGGUGCCGGAUAAAAAACUCUUGUGUUAUGAGUAAUUCUAUCAUCAAUUCUUAUUCUUAUAUUGAGAAUUCAAUAAUUGGCUCAAAGUCAAGGAUAGGAAGUUGGUCUCGUAUUGAGGGAUUGUGUGUCCUUGGCGAAAACGUCAUUUUAAAACCUGAAAUUUUUGUUAAUAAUGCUUUUAUCCUUCCCUUCAAAGAGGUCAGUAGCUCGAUUUAUGAUAAGGGCGCGAUUAUUAUGUGA